AAUCUUGGGUCUUGCUCUGUUUCUCUCUUUUGAUUCGUUGAGGGUUUAUUGAAUUCGAUGUGUUUGAUUAUGGAAACUGAUGAUCACGAAGCUGUUGUUUUAGCGCCGCCGUCGAAUUUCUCGAUGGUUGAAGAUGGAAUUUACCGAUCUGGGUUUCCUCGACCUGAGAAUUUCAGUUUCCUCAAAACCCUAAAUCUUCGUGCCAUCAUUUAUCUGUGUCCUGAACCAUACCCAGAGGAGAAUCUCCAGUUUCUUGAGGCUAACAACAUUAAGCUUUACCAAUUUGGAAUCGAAGGCAAAACGGAUCCUCCAACUCUUAUGCCAAAAGAUACAGUUUUGGAUGCUCUCAGAGUCUUAGUUGAUGUAAGAAACCAUCCAAUUCUCAUACAUUGCAAACGCGGAAAGCAUAGGACAGGUUGUCUAGUCGGAUGCUUAAGAAAGGUUCAGAGCUGGUGCUUAUCAUCGGUGCUCGAGGAAUAUCAGAAGAACGCGGGUUUAAAGUGGAGACAAAGGGACUUGAAUUUUAUAGAGACAUUUGAUAUAGUGAGCUUGAGACAGUGUCUCUUGAGCAUCAUAUAUCAGUAUCACGGUUAUGGCUUCAAGAGGAGAAGGUUGGCGUAUGAAGAAGAAACUAUCCAGACACCAAAACCGCAGGCUGCUAAAGUUUAAAAAGAGAGCAACCAAGUGGGAUAUGUUUCGGGUUCUAAUUUGAGUUUCGAUUUAUCGGUGGCUGGAUGAUUCUUUAAGUGGGAUAAGUUUUAGUUAUCCCAAAAUCCGUAACCAGAAGUUUUAUUUCGUUUUUUAGAAAUAGAAAUGUAUAGAAAGG